UUAAAAGGACAGUUAAAGCAGUAGAUUUCAUAUAUUCCUAGCCAUCAAUCAAUGCAUCCCUGGUUAGAUCUCACUAUUCCAUAAACACAGAGUAAAGAGAGAGAGAGAAAGAGAGAGAGAGAGAGAGAGAGAGAAACUAAAGCGAGAGAGAUAGAAACAUGUCACGACGGUCAGGGACUUGCUUGAGGUUAUUUCUUGUAAUAUUUGCUGUAGUUUCAGCAUUGGGAGUGUGUGGACCAGCUCUUUAUUGGAGAUUCAAGAAAACUCUUAGAUUGGGUGAUUCCAAAUCCUCUUGUCCUCCUUGCAUCUGUGAUUGUCCUCCUCCUCUUUCCCUUCUCAAGAUUGCCCCUGGGUUGGCCAAUCUCUCGGUUACAGAUUGUGGAAGCAAUGACCCUGAUCUCAAGCAAGAGAUGGAGAAGCAAUUUGUGGACCUUCUUACAGAGGAGUUGAAGUUGCAGGAAGCUGUUACAGCAGAGCAUGCUCGCCAUGUGAACGUUACCUUUGGUGAAGCAAAAAGGGUAGCUUCCCAGUACCAAAGGGAGGCGGAAAAAUGUAUCGCUGCCACAGAAACCUGUGAGGGGGCCAGAGAGCGGGCGGAGGCCUUGCUGAUCAGGGAGAGGAAAGUUACAACAUUAUGGGAGCAGAGAGCUCGACAAAUGGGAUGGGAAGGGGAAUAACUGUUUGUAUAAUUCAUCUAAAUAUCCUAGUCAAGAAAUCGAAGCAUUCCACCUUGAUUUUUAUUCAAUCAGGCAAGCAAGUUGCUUGAGUAGUCUUGUAAGGGCAAAAGGCCCCCUCAGUCUCUCCCUCCCAUCCUCCAUUUGUAGUUGCAUGAAUUCCUUUGAUGAUAUAAGUUUCUAAAGAAAUUUCACCUGUAACUGCCAUGUUUAAGUGGACCGCUUACUAUAAUAUCAUCUCAUUUUCUUCACUUGGAGCAAA